AUGAGCCAUGAGGUCGUCACGAUGUACUACCGAGCCCCGGAGCUUUUGAUGGGCGCCAGAAGUUACACGGGCGCCGUGGAUAUUUGGUCUGUCGGCUGUAUCUUCGGGGAAUUGGCUUUUCGCAAGAUUUUCUUCCAAGCGGACACGCCGUAUCAGCAGCUUCACAAAAUCAUCGAAUUCCUCGGAAGCCCCGGCGCCGAUGCUCUAAAAUACGCGAACGAGGCUACAGGCGAAACUAUU